AUGGUGAGUACUAAUAAGAACUUUCAUACGUUAAACUUUUCGGAAGACAAAGAUAAAAAUAAACACGUUGGGAGUAGCACCGAUGAAUAUAUAAAUUAUAAAAAUAAGAGUAAUGCACUGUGCAACGGUUUUAACAGUAAAAAAUAUAUAAUCGAAUUAAAUUCAGACAAAAAUGAUCCAGAGAUAAUUAAUUCCUUUCCUUUUCAAGAUGAAAAAAAAAACACAAAAAGAUUAAAUUCAGAGCCACCUUUAAUAAUAGAACAAAAUAUUCAAGACCGGAAAAAAUCAAUUUGGGAUAAACUUAAUUAUAAGAAUAAUGAUAUAAAUAAUGAUGGAUAUAUAAAAAAAUAUUUUGAAUAUUUUAGUAAUAUAGAAAAUGAAGGAAAUAAUUAUAAAGGCAAAAUAUAUAACAAACUAACUGACCGAAAUAAAUGCAUAGAUGCAACUUUAGAUUUAAGUAGUGGAACUUCAGGUACAGAUAUAGAUAUAAACCAUUUUAAAAACAAUUUUGAAAUAAAUAAUACACCAAAAAAUGAAAAAGUAAAUGUGCAUCUCGAGAAUAACAUACUAAAUAACUAUUCCAUAAAUAAUGAAACAAAUUCUAUUAAUGAAAAUCAAAAUGCUAUUAAAAAAAAUGAUACUACAAAAUGUGAACAUAUUUUUAGCAAUACAAAUGACAACAAGAAAUUUAUUGAUCUUGAAAAAGGGCUAAUCUCAAAUUUUGACAGUUCAGAAGAUUCUAUAAAAAAUCAAAAUUUUAUGAAUGGGAGUCUAGAAAAUAGACAAACAUCAAUUCAAGGAAACAGUUUUGAUAGUUCGAUUGAAAGUAAAAUAGAACAUAAUAUAAAGACAGAUAAUAAAAUAGAAAAAGAUAAAAAUUAUAUUGAAACUGAAAAAAAAUUAUCCUAUCUAUUAAUGGAAAAAAAAAGUGAUGAAGAAACAAUUGAUAAAGGAAAUAUAAACGAUGUUAUAUCAUCUAAUUCAAAUAGUGGGUAUGAAGAAAAGAAUGAAACAUCUUAUAAAAAUUUAGACACAUUAUUAAAUUCAAAAAUUGAAAAAGAAAGUAAUUUUGAAUAUUUAAAAAAUAUACAAAAUGAAAAAUCAGAUUAUUUUGAUAAAAAUCAUGAUAUGAAAAAAUUAGGAAAUAACUUUAUAAAAACAAAUACACGAAAAUAUUGUAAUUAUAAACAUAAAAGAGAGAAAAUGAAUUUUUCAUUAUAUAAAAAUCAGUAUACAAAUAAAAAUUAUAAUUUUUAUUUUUCAGAUGAUUAUUCAAUAAAUAAAAAAAAAACACAAAGAUCGAGUAGUGCUUAUACAAGUCGAGGAAGUAAAAGCCAGAGCUCCAAAGAAAGAAAUUAUGAUUCAGAAAGAGAAGUAAUAAAGAAUGUCAAAAUAAAAAAUAUAAUCAAUAAUAAACAUCGACCACGUGAUGAAUCAUGUGAAAAAGAUAAUUCAAAAUUUUAUUCCUGUAUUUCUAACGGACACAAUGAAUGCAACGAUAUUUAUGAUUUCCAUUACUCGUAUAGUUCUCAAAGUAUAAUUGAUGAAGAUAAUUUACAUAACAAACAAUUCAACACAUCUAUUAAUUAUAAUAAAGCAACAAAUAAAAAUGAUCAAAAUUUUGAUAUAAAAAAUAAUUUUUUUCUACCACAAAAAAGUAAUAAUACUCCAUUUAAUAAUAAUUGUAUUGAUGGAAGGGAUAGCAGUUCUGUUUUAGAAAUAAGUGAUUCAAAAUGUGGUGGUGAAAAUAGUUGUACUUCUUCAAAAGAAACUCAAGAUGAAGAAAAAAAUAUGAUAUCAAAAAGGUUUGAAAAUAAUAAAAAUAUAAAGACAAAGAAUAAUACAAAUAUUGUACGAAAAAAUUAUUUUUUUAGACGCCCGAAAAAGAUCAUUAAUAUUUCAGAUGGUGAAAAGGAAACACAUGAUAAUAAAAAAAAUAGUGGUACGAUAAAAAAUCGUAAUGAUUGCACUAUGCUUCACUUUAAAAAAGACAAUAAAUGCCAAAAUGAAAUAUGCAAGGAUAAUACUUACAUAAUCGAUGAAGAUGUAAAUAAUAAAGCAAACAAAAAUAAAGGAAAAACAGAUGGAACUGUAUCAGAACAGUUUAACGAAGACAAUAAUAAUAUAAAGAAUAAUGAAACAAAUGAAAUAGAUAUAUUUAAUUAUGAAAAAGUGACUGAAGAAGGGGAUAAUCAGAAAAAUAAUUUACAUACAACUUUUGAAACAACUAAUGUGUCAAACCAAUGUAUUAACAAUGAUAAGAAAGAAAAAGGAAAAAAAAUUGAAAAAACAACAGAAAAAAAAGAGGAAGAAAAUGAAGAAAAUAAUCAAAUUGAUGAAAUACACAAAAUGGUAGAUUAUAUUAUGCAUAGUGAAAAUGUGGACUUUUCAAAAAUUGUUAUUAAAAAUAGAAAAAAUAAUGAUUAUAUUAAAAUAAAUUGUUUUUUAAAAGAAUAUAUAUCAAAAUAUAAUGAACUUGAACAUAGUGACUUUUUAUUUUGUUUUGGAGAAUCUAGUGAAGAUGAUGUUAUAUAUGAAAAAAAAAAAUCUAUAGCUUUAGAAAAUGAAAAUAAUAAUGUGGAUGGGACUAAAUAUGCAAGAUGUAGUUUUUGUGAUUCAAUUUGUAUUUGUGAUAGUCCAAUAAAGAAUUUAGGAAUAGCCAAUGGAAUAUCUAUUUUGUUAAAUAAAAAAAGAAUAAAACAAAUGAAAAAUCGAAAAAUAAAUUAUAAUGCUAUCGAUACAAUGUGGCAACCACAUUUUCAUCCACACAAUAAAGAAUUUCGAGUACGAUAUAGAUAUAAAGGAAGUAUGAGACUUAAAACAAUUUCAUGUAAAUUAUAUGGCUAUAAAAAUAGUAAAAAAAUAUCUAUUUUAUUUCUUUUAAGAUGGUUAUUAUGUGGAAAAUAUAUUGCUGAAAAAACAAAGAGAUCAAGACUAAGUAUUAGUGAUAUAAAUGAAUAUAAUUUACCUGAACUGUUAAUAUCAAAACGAAAAAAAAGAAAAACAGAUUAUAUAAAAAAUGAAGAUUGGGAAAAAUAUGAAGAACAAAAAAAUAAAGAAAUACAUCAAUACUUAAACAAAAUUAAUAGUUUUAUUUUGAAUCAUUACAAUGACCAUAAUUUUCUAAAUAAAUUAAAAAAUAUUAUAAAUACAUAUGAUAAAAAAUAUAAAAAAGAAAAAAUAUUUACUUCAUUAAAUGAAUGUUUUAAAGAUCAAUUUACAGACAAUAAAAGACAGUCUUUAACAUAUUCUGUUAAAAAUAAAAUAAAUGAAUUUAUGUCUUUAAAUCAGGAUAAAAUAGUUAGUGAUGACAUACACAAUCUUCCUAAUUCGCAACCGUCUAUUCCGUAUCCUCACUAUGGCCCAUACAAUAAAAAUUUCAAUCCAUCAAUUAUGAAUUAUAGUAAUAUUCCAUAUGAAUUACCUACCAUUCCAAAUUCAAAAAUGAAUUCAAAAUUAUAUCAUAUUGCAGAAAAUGAUAGACCCCCAAAUAAUUGCCCAUACUGUGCCUGUUCCUAUUGCAACGAAGACAUAUACAAUAAUAUUGAUACACAACAAACGUAUGGAAUUAAAAAGAAAAAAUGUGUUUGUGUAAAUAAUGCUAAUCAUAAUUUAUUUUUUAAAAAAAACUUAUAUACUAAAGAAAAUGAAUAUAACAUUUAUGAUUAUCCACCUGAUAAUUUAGACAAAAAUUAUAAUGAUGAUUUUUCAUUAUUUAACUAUCCAAAAAAAAAAAAUCGUUUUUUUGAUGACACAGAAGUUUUAAAUAAUCGAUACAACAAGUAUGCCAUAGAUGAUCAUUUUAUGAAAAACCCAAACAAGUUUAUCAAAAUGGAUAACAAAGGUUGCAACAAAAUGCACUGGAAAAGGCACAUCUUUGACAAGCCAUACACUGGUAGUAACCACAUAUAUAAUGACUAUGAUAAGUUUGCAAAAAAUAGAUAUACCAGCAUUCCACACAAAAAUAAUAACUUCGUUACAAACAAGGCAGGGAAUUUACCGGAAGAUGAUCACCUUUUUAGAGAAUAUCCUGAAAUGUACAUACGAAAUAAACAGGUUUCAAAUGAAGCUGGAUAUAGUAAUACUAAUAUAGCAGGUAGUGAAAAUAAUCAUCAACUAACAACCAAUACAAAUGUAAAUAAAGAGAACCACCAUAAUCUGAAUGAUAAUUUUUUUACAAAUAAUGCUAAUACGAAAAAGUGUGAUGAUUAUUUAUUAACUGGUCAUGAUAAAAAUAAAAAUAACAUGAAAGUAAAUUCUAAUAAUGAAAAUACAAAUUGCUGUUCAUCUAUUAUUUGUGAACAUAAAAAGAGUGACACAUGUGUUGAUGGUAAAGAUGGAAAUAUGGUAGGAAACUGUUAUAUAGACAAACAUAAUAAUGAUAAAACUUUACCAUCAAGAAAUAUAUCUAAUAAAAAUAAUUUAUGUAUAAACAAUUCGAGUAAUACAAAAAAAAUAAGUAAUGUAUCAACAUGCCCAAGUGUUAGUAAAAAUAUUUCAUUUUAUCAGAAUUAUGGAAAUAAAAAUACAGAACAUAAUAUAUUACCAUCAUUAUCAGGAUCAUGUGAAAAAGAUAAAGUGAAUGAAAUAAAUUAUUCUAAAAAUGAUUUAAAAAAAAAUAAACAAUCAAUAAAUCCUAUUGUUAUACCUGAUGAUGAAACUACUAAUUAUAAUUGUUCUUCCCAUGUAGGAUUAAAAAAUGGAAAUAAAAAAGUAUUAUUUUCUAUGGAUAAAAAUAAUGAAAAUAAUAAACCUUGUUCAGAUAAUUUAGUUACUUCUAAUAAUUUCGAAAAUAAAAAUUAUUAUUAUCAAACAAAUAAUAAAGAUGAUAUGUGUGUAUCUGAAUUUUCUUACACAUCUGGAAUGAAAAAAAAAAUUGAUGAAUCAGAUAAAAUACUGUUUGGUAAACGGAAUAGUUAUAGUACUAGCUUAGAUUAUUAUAAAGAUCGAAUAAAUGAACAUGAACAAGUUAGAGAAAAAGAAAAUAUUUAUGAUUUAAACUAUUAUAAACAUCGAGCAAGUAUGUUAGAAACUGGAACUCCAAAUUGUAGUUGUAUAGAUGAUUCAAAUUUAUUUAUUAAAAAUAAAAAAAAUAAAAAAAUACAAUUUAAUGAUAAAAAUCAGGAUGUUAAAAAAAUUUUUAAUUUUAAAAAUAGAAAAAGAUUUACAAAUAUAAAUCUAGAAGAUAUACAUGAAAUAUUAUUAAAAAGUAAAUAUUUAAAUGAAGUUAAAAAUGAUCAAUGUGAACAUAUCCAUGGAAAUUCAACAGCUAACCAUUUUUGUGAUAAACAAAAACAAAGUUGUGACUUUGAAUGUGCUAAGAGAAAUACUAUGCAACAUAAUUCGUUUGCUGAAUGUAAAAAUGACAAACCUACAAGUAGUCAUGCUCAUUUAAACAACAUGUGGAAUUGUAAUAAACAUGUAAAUGGGGAACCCUUCGAUGAUGCAAGGUAUGAUUCACAUUGUGGUUAUUGCUCCUAUAUAGAUCAUGCAAAAGGUGAAAUAAAUUGCAAUGAUGGUAAUAUGCAUAGUACACAUGAUGGGUAUAAAAAUUUAUAUAAAUUCUCUGAAAAAGAAAUGACUAAACAAAUGAAAAAUGCCAAAACAGAUUAUGUAACACAAAAUAUUCGAAAUUGUAUACCCAACGAUUUUAAUAAUGACAAACAUAAAUUUAACAAUAACAUAUAUGAUAAAAAAAGUGCAGAUAAAUAUAAUCAUAUCGAUUUAGAAAAUGAUGAAAACAAAAUGAACUAUCUUUGUUCAGAAAAAAAUAAAUCUGGUAGUAUAUACACUAAUAUGCAUGAAAAGGGUAGUAACAAAAAUGAUAUUGAAAAUGAUAGGAAUUUUACAAAUAAUCAAAAUAUUUAUGACAACAUAAGUAAUUAUACAAAUAUAAAAAAAGAAAAUGAAAAGGAUGAAGAUGAUGCUGUAAAAUGUUCUGAAGUAAGUAGCGAUAAAAAUAAUAAACAUAACAAUAUUUUAGAUUAUAUUUUUCAUGAAUUAAAUAAUACUCCACAAAAUUGUGAUAUCGAUAUUGGCUAUACAAGUAGUAUAUUAUCUGAAGACCUAUCUAUGGAUAUAAUACCGAGUGAAAAUAAAAAAAAUUCAAACGAUAUUUUAUUUAAUAAAGAUGAUAUACAAAAAUAUUUACAUGACUAUAAAAAUUUAUUAUACUCCAACAAAAAUAAAUUAAAAGAAAUCCCAAACGAAAAUUGUGAACUAAUCAAAAAGUUCAUCAAAGAGGUUAAGAAAAAAAAUGCAGCCAUAGCACAGUGA